CAACAACUCAACAGUGUAUCUCUAGGAGAGACCAAAAGAUCACUCGUCCAAAAGGAUUCACUUCCUUGUUUUCAUCUACUAAAAAUGGUUCAAACAUAACUAAGACAUCAACAUCCCAACAUGGUCUAUAAAAAUGCCAGCCUUGUCCCCAGAUGCACACCGCAAUUUGGCACAGACCAGCCUGCCUCAUCCUUUCUCAGAUCGUCUCCUGCACGCUUCCUUCGACCAUGCCUUGGUAUACCCUCAUCGCCCAGUUCCUCGGGUGGUACCAAAAGGACUUGCAGACCAAUAGCACAGGUGCCGCCACAGUUCCACGCCCCGAUGGCAUCAUGGAUCGUUUGAGAGCCUUGUUCUUGUUCCGCAGUAUGCGCCGGUUUCUACCUCCCUUGAAUGACAACCCUCCAGUGGAGUAUGAGGACGGGGAAAUUUCUAUCAGUACCACAAUCGAAACAGAUGCCGAGAUCACCAGCGACGAUGACCUUGUUGCCACGUAUUAUGGCUACCGCAUGGCCAGCUUCUGGAUUCCUCCCCGGCGGUACAACCGCAAGAAGGCUACAAUCGACGUGCAUUGCCGAGCCACAGUGUGUCUUGAUCAUUAUGAUUUUUUAGGGUAUCGAGACAUCCCGAGCUCCGAAAAAGAAAUGAUCACGGUUUUUUUCAUGCAUGAGCAAUGGAGAGUUUGGGUGACCGUGCCUUAUACAUAUGCCAAGUCUAAACUUCGUCUGUAGCACGACAGAUCCAGCCCUACCGUUUCUGUUUGAUUUUGCUUUGGUAUGCCAAUGAAUGGGCGAACAUCUGCUAGUGGAGUUGCACAAAGUUAUUCUAGUCCCGCAUUUGAUUGCAUGUCCUGAUCUUUUAGGUUCCAUUUACCAUACGAGACCUAGCCACUUCCAUAAACUUUACCUUGGCCAAG